UAGCUUUGCGCUCAGCAUAGAAAUAGUGGGAGGCAGAGCAACAAGCACAGACCGUUACUCAAGAGAGUCGUCAAGCAGGAAUCCCAUAUUACAAGAUGGGUGCCGAUGCGCAGAAUGGCAAAAAGAUUUUUGUUCAGAAAUGCGCCCAAUGCCACUCCGCCGAAGUUGGCGGCAAGCACAAGCAGGGUCCUAAUCUUGGCGGAAUUGUUGGGCGCAAAUGUGGAUCUGCUGCUGGUUACAAAUAUACAGACGCUAAUAUCAAAAAGGGUAUCGUUUGGACGGAUGCCAAUCUGGAUGAGUAUCUGAAGGAUCCAAAGAAAUUUAUACCCGGCACUAAAAUGGUUUUCCCCGGUCUUAAAAAGGCCGAAGAUCGCGCUGAUCUGAUUGCAUUCCUCAAAUCAAACAAAUAGUUUAAGCAACUCUGAAAACAAUAUGAAAAGAAAAUAAAUUUGGGAACAUUACUUUGAUAAAUAAUUCACAAA